UCUUUUCUUGAUUUUUAGGAGAGGAAAACGCACCAAAUACCCCAAUUCAGACAAUAUUCUGCAGUAAAGAAUUUGUGGAUACCCGAUCAAAAGCUCAAAAAUUUCUCUUACCUCCAAUUCAUCCCAAAUUCCCAAUCAAAAUAUUUUGCAACUAGGGUUCCUCUUCUCGGGCGCGUUUUCCCGGAAUCUUUGCUUUGAUUGUCGCGGAAAACAUCAUCGCCCGAUUACAAAUUCAUAUCAAUAAUUGCUUUGCGUCCUCUUCAUGUGUGGGCUUCCAUAAUUUCAGGUAUCAGGUAGGGCGAAAGAGAGAGGAAUUUUGGUCAAUAGUUGGUGAAGAUGACGACUAGUCAGUCGGGUUCUUCACGGAGAAGUAUGGUUUUGACAGCUUCAUCUAGGAAGAAAGCUUCUGAAAAUGGUGCUAAUGAUUCCAGCCGAAGAUCCAUAACUACUCCUCGUCCCAUGGGGGCAGUCGGAGAACGCACAGUAAAGCGAUUGCGUCUCUCAAAAGCCUUAACAGUUCCCGAAACCACAACCAUCAAUGAAGCCUGCCGCCGGAUGGCCGCCCGGAAAGUCGACGCCCUUUUGCUCACAGACUCAAACGCCUUACUUUGUGGCAUAUUAACCGACAAGGAUAUUGCAACAAGAGUCGUCGCUCGUGAGCUUGAUCUUGAAACCACCCCUGUAUCAGCAGUAAUGACACGAAACCCAGUUUUUGUAAUCUCCGAUACUCUCGCUGUUGAAGCCCUACAAAAAAUGGUGCAAGGAAAAUUCAGACAUUUACCCGUUGUAGAAAAUGGAGAAGUUAUUGCGAUUCUUGACAUUGCAAAAUGUUUAUACGAUGCAAUUGCACGAAUGGAAAGAGCAGCUGAAAAGGGGAAAGCCAUUGCAGCUGCUGUUGAAGGCGUUGAAAAGCAUUGGGGCACUUCCGUUUCUGGUUCCAAUACGUUUAUUGAAACACUUAGAGAACGAUUAUUCAAGCCCACUUUAUCCACCUUUAUCUCAGAUAAUUCAAAGCUUGUGACAGUUUCACCCUCUGAUACAGUUCUAAUGGCAACUAAAAAGAUGUUGGAGUGUCGCAUUAGCUCUGCUGUUGUGACAGUUGAUAGCAAACCAAUUGGGAUUUUAACAUCAAAGGAUAUAUUGAUGAGAGUUAUAGCAUUAGGGCUUCCUCCUGAAUCAACAAUGGUGGAGAAAGUGAUGACUCCAAAUCCAGAAUGUGCUAAUAUUGAUACACCUAUUGUUGAUGCCCUUCAUAUAAUGCAUCAUGGAAAGUUUUUACAUCUUCCUGUUGUUGAUAGAGAGGGAAUUGUUGUUGCUAUUAUUGAUGUACUCCACAUUUCUCAUGCAGCUGUAGCAUCUGUAGGAAGUACUGCAGGAAUUGAUAAUGAAGCUGCAAGUUCAAUGAUGCAAAAGUUUUGGGAUUCUGCCAUGGCAACAGCUCCUGCAGAUGAUGACAGUGAUUCCAUAAGUGAGAGCUCUUUCAAAUUGGCUUCUGAACAAGGGACUGAAAUUGGAAAAGUCAUUCCGUACCCUUCACCAACAGUGCACAAUACAUUUGCUUUCAAGAUUGAAGAUAGAAAGGGCCGAAUGCAUAGAUUUAUUUGUGAAACUCAUAGUUUGACGGAUCUUAUAACCGCUAUACUUCAAAGAGUAGGUGGUGAGAUUGAUCGGAAUAACCUCCCUCAGAUUCUGUAUGAAGAUGAAGAUAAGGAUAUGGUGAUACUUGCAACAGAUAGUGAUCUUGUUGCAGCUGUCCAACAUGCAAGAUCAGCUGGAUGGAAGGGACUGAAGUUACAUUUGGAUUACUCCGGGGUGCCAAGAAAUAGAAAAGGUUCACUGGCGGCAGGUGGCGGCGGUGGUGGUGGUUUGGAGCAUGCUCAUCCGGAUGCAUGGGCGUCUGCUUACAGCUCUGUGGCGGCCGGAGCUGCAUUAGUGGCUGGUUUAGGUGUAUUGGCCUUCUUGAGAAGGGGAAGCUGAGAGACAAAAAAAAGCUUUGUUUGUUUUUGUUGCAAUUAUUUCAAGGAUGACACGUGUCCUUGUGAACCAUUUGAAAGGGAUUGAUAAUGUCGAAAAAUUAAGAUUUGUAUACGCAAGAAAGAUGUUUGAUAUAAACAAUUGUAUUAUUGAAUCAUGAUUGAUCUUAUUUUGGGUUUUCAAUAAAUAAAGAGAUUUGGGUUUGGAGUUUUUUGAAAAA